UCAUCAUCCGAGAAAUUUGAUGUUUCUACAGCAAUAUUCACAAUGUGGUCAUGAGGAGGAUACACGUUAUAUAUUUCCAAUUUGCAAGUUCAUGCAUAUCUUUGAAUUUUACUUUUUUUUUUCUUUACAAUAAUUGUCUAAGGACAGAAAAACAAAUAAGUCAAGAUAUUCACUCUCCACUAGCUAAAGUCAUCAGAAUCCUAUUCUUCUUCAUCUGACUCACCAACAAAAAUAGAGUUAGCUGAAGUUUACGUGCACUUUUUGUAAACUGUUAUCAAUCCAUUCAUAACUUCUAAGCCUCAUUUUUGCAUUCGUUGUCUCUACCAUUCUUCAUAUCUUCAAACAAGAAAAGAAAAACAUUACAAUGGCAAGUAAACAACAAAGAUGCAACCAUUGUGGAAUACUACUAUUUAUUCCACUAGAAGUCCAAGCCUUUAAGUGUUCAAUGUGCAAUGGCAUCACACAUGUUCAAUCCCCAGGUCCAGUGAAUCAAGCCUACAACUCUCUUAAUCAUAUUGCAGGUCUUUUUAGAGGCUUCGUGAAUACUAUAACAACUAGUUCAGCAAUUAACAGCAACUCAGGUAAUUAUGGAACAAAUCAUUUCGGCUAUUAUCUUCAGCCUCGGCCACAAAGGCCUUCGUACCCUUUGAAUCCUCCUUCUCCGUAUGGUUCAAAAAGGGCAGUUUUGUGUGGAGUCUGCUACCAUGGGAGGAGUUACAGGCUUAAGGGCUCCAUCAAUGAUGUGAAAUGUAUGAAAUACUUUCUGAUUAAGGAGUUUCGGUUUCCAAGUGACUCCAUUCUCAUGCUCACAGAUGAUAAGGAGGAGAGAAAUCCACUGAAAAUCCCAACAAAAUAUAACAUUCAAAUGGCUUUAAGGUGGCUGAUUGAGGGUAGCAAAUCAGGGGAUUCACUGGUGUUCCAUUACUCAGGACAUGGCACACAGGAAGUGAACAUGAAUGAGAUUGAUCAUAGCUAUAGGUAUAAUAAUGCAAUUUCUCCGGUUGAUCAUGAGCUCAAGGGGAAGAUACUGAAUGAUGAGAUCAAUGCAACAAUUGUUAGGCCACUACCAUUUGGUGCUAAACUUCAUGCCAUUAUUGAUGCAUGUCACAGUGGGAAUGUUCUUGAUUUAUCAUUUGUGUGCAAGAUGAACAGGGAAGGGUAUUAUACAUGGGAGGAUCAUACAAGUUCAAUAAAUCAUAAAGACACAAAAGGAGGGGUAGCAAUUUGUAUUUCAGCUUGUGAAGAUGGCCAAGUCUCUGUAGAUACCUCUGCCUUAAGUGGCAAAGAAGUUACAGGUGCCUUGACUUAUAGUUUCAUACAAACAGUGCAAAAUGAACCUGGAUUGACUUAUGGUCAAUUGCUUAGUACCAUGCGUUCCACCAUUCAUGGAACUAAAACAGGCAUAGUUACUCUAAAUGGACCAAUUGCUUCACUCUUAAAUAGACUUCUUGGCCUACGCAUCAAACAGGAGGCACAAUUAUCAUCCUCCGAGUUGUUUGACAUGUAUAAGAAGCGGUUUGUACUAUGAUAUGGUAUAUUUUUAUCAUAAAAUAAUGAAACAUUGGAGAUUCUUGAAUGCCACUUUAGGUUGUAAUAUCUCUUGAUAAUGUUGUAUGUUUCUCUAUAAUUUGUAUU